GAGCACGGAGUUGAAAAGUGACGACGGUGACGAUGAUGAUGUUGAAUUUCAGUUCUGUCAAAAUGUCGGGUCACGAUCAACUGGCUCACUGUCUGUGUGAACUAACGAGGUUGUUGUGGAAGUUGCUGCUGCCUUUGCUCCUCGUGUGUGUGCUGCUGAUCGCGGUCUUGGUCCUGCUGGUGCUCGUCGUGCGCCUGUGGCUGCAGAGCAACAGGAAUGCACGCCGCGCUGCUGACGGCCGCCCCACCGUGGCGUUCUUCCACCCGUACUGCAACGCCGGUGGCGGAGGAGAGAGGGUUCUGUGGUGCGCCAUCAGAGCUCUGCAGAACAGAUACCCCGACGUCAACUUUGUGGUCUACACUGGCGACCAGGGCGUGACGGGGGAGCAGAUUCUGGACGGGGCACGGCGUCGCUUCAACAUCGCUCUGCCGCGGCCCGUCCACUUUGUGUUCCUGAGGCACCGCCUGCUGGUGGAGCCCAGCCUGUUCCCACACUUCACGCUGCUGGGACAGAGCAUGGGAUCCGUCUUCCUGGGCUGGGAGGCACUGACGGAGUUCGUCCCAGACAUUUACAUCGACUCCAUGGGCUACGCCUUCACUCUGCCGCUGUUCCGGUACCUGGGCGGCUGCAGCGUGGGCAGCUACGUCCACUACCCGACCAUCAGUACAGACAUGCUGACUGUAGUCAGAGAGAGGAACCCCAGGUUCAACAACCCAGACCUGGUGACCAACAGUCUGUUCCUCAGCGCCUUCAAGCUUCUUUACUACUGCCUGUUCGCGCUCCUCUACGGAAUGGCUGGCUCCUGCUGUGACCUCGUCAUGGUCAACUCCUCCUGGACCCUGGAUCACAUCCUGUCCCUGUGGCGCGCGCCAAACCGCACCAGCGUGGUGUACCCGCCCUGCGACGUCAGCGGCUUCCUGGACAUCCCGCUGGAGGAGGACGGCGCCAAGAAGUGCCACCCCAUCGUUUCCAUCGGGCAGUUCAGGCCGGAGAAGGACCAUCGUCUGCAGAUCAGGGCUUUCAAGAAGGUGUUGGACAGGAGGAUCGUGGACACGCCCCUGAAGCUGGUCCUGAUCGGCGGCUGCAGGAACCAGGAGGACGAGGACAGAGUGCUGAUGCUGAGAGGAAUGUGUCACGAGCUGGACAUCAGUGACCAGGUGGAGUUUAAAGUCAACGUGUCCUUCGAGGAGCUGAAGACGGAGCUGGAGAAGGCGACGAUCGGACUUCACACCAUGUGGAACGAACACUUCGGAAUAGGUGUGGUGGAGUGUAUGGCAGCGGGAAAGGUGGUUCUGGCUCACAAGUCCGGCGGCCCAAAGCUGGACAUCGUGGUUCCCUUCGAGGGCGGUCAGACGGGCUUCCUGGCCGACGACGAGGACAGCUACGCAGAGGCGAUCGAGAGAAUCCUGGCCCUGCCCUCGUCCACGCAACUGCAGCUCAGACUGAACGCGCGUCACUCGGUGUCUCGUUUCUCCGAUCAGGAGUUUGAGGCGUGUUUCCUCGCUGCCGUGGAGCCUCUGAUGGGGACGCUGGAGCGGUGAGGCUCCAGACCGACUGACCGCGAUACUUUGCUUCUCAUGCACUUGGAGCUGUGUUUACAGAGUGAGUUCACUCGUGUGUCCAACACGUGCUCAGAAUGUGGACUGGUUUUUGUCCUAAAAGCAGAAAGAAGGCAGGAGAUUUAGAAAUAUAUGAUAACCACAACACAUGUUAUGUGUUUUGUUUUCCUUCUUCUUUAUACUGAACUGAAAUAAAAGGAUUUAUAGGAAUAGUUUUUUAAGUUUGGUUCUUGAAACCAGCCUGAGACACAAGACUCUCGACAUAACAAGAAGAAUCACCUAAAUCAACACCUACUUAUGUCCUGUGUAUGUAAAGAUUGUGUUCACAGCUUUAUCUCAGUUACAGACUUUUCUGACUAAAAACUGAUGUUUUUAACCCACUGUACCAAACCCCAUAGAGAAAAUUAGCGAUUUUAGGAGCUGCUGCUCUACUGCUGCCUCGUGUGGUCACUUUGUGUCACUGAGGUUAAUCUGAACACAAGAUUUCAAACACAGAAUUUUACAAAAUAAGACAUUUACACUUGGCGAUGGAGGCAGCCGUGGAUCAACAACUUCUGUGUGCUGUGAUGUUAAAAUCGCUGAUUUUCUCUAUGGGGUUUGGUGUGGGAGAGUGAGCGGUUUAGAGAGCAGCACAAACUUUAGUUCCUUGUCCCAAAAUGGCUGCCUACUGGCUCAGAUAGACGAGAGCAACAGUGUGUGUCUUAAGCUGGUUCUGGGACACAAACAUGACUUUAAAUCAAGGUCUGAAUUAAAUGUACGUUACUGCGUCACCUUUAGUUCUGUUUGAUAUUUAUUGGUUUCUCUACGUCCACUUUUAUUUCUUUGUUUAAAUAAUUGUAAUAUUUAUGGGGAACAAAAUGAAAAGAUUGUGUUCUUGUGGAACGUCUGCAAUCCCAUAAUGUGAAGUAUUUUUGGUAUUCAUGAUGAUUAUAAUAAUAAAGACAUUAAACAUA